UUGAUCUUCAGCUAACCGUCGCGCUGCUUUGAACUAGCUUCUUUUAUUUGUUAUUGUGAUGCCUGGCACUUUUUUAGCUUUUAGAUGCAGCUUGUGGGGUUCAUAAAUUCAGUUUCGUAUUUAUCAAUUUAAAAUAUAUUCAACUCAUUUAGUGAUUUUUGUGGACAAUAUUUUAAGAUGCCAAGUGUAAUAAACAAUAGUAUUGACACAACACGUGUGGUGGACGGUACCAAAAUGCAAUUAGAAUCAUUGGAGUUGGCGGGUUGCACUCUAGACCGGUAUAUCAGUGCUGAUAAUUCGCGCCCUUCGUUUUUAGAGAUAACUGGAAUAGCCUCUCAAAGGAUUCCAACAUGCAGUGGUCUAAAUGCUGGAGACUACAGAAACUUAGCUGCCCUAGUAAAUCACCCCAGCUUGUCGCAAUUGAAGAUAUUAAACAAAGUUCCACUGCCACCCGAAAUUAUGGAACACUUUGCCCAUAUGCAAUGCCACUGCCUUAUGGGAGUGUUUCCAGAAAUCAGCAGAGUUUGGCUGGCAAUAGAUAGCAACAUAUAUGUGUGGGCGUUUGAACACGGCAGUGAUGUAGCAUAUUUUGAUGGACUGGGAGAAACUAUUGUCAGCGUCGGCUUGGUCAAGCCCAAGGCUGGAGUAUUCCAAAACUUUGUUAAAUAUUUAUUAGUCCUCACAACCACUGUUGAAAUAGUAGUCUUAGGGGUAACUUUUUCUUCUAGUAAAAAUGAUGGUUCAGGAGAAUUGCAAGAGAUACAUCUAGUGCCAGAGCCUGUGUUUGUAUUGCCAACCGAUGGUAUAUCUAUGAUGUGUGUCAAGUCAACUGCCAAUGGUAGAAUUUUCAUGGGCGGCAAGGAUGGAUGUCUGUAUGAAAUCACAUACCAGGCACAACUAGGAUGGUUCGGAAAACAUUGUAAGAAAGUUAAUCAUUCUACAAGUACACUAUCAUUCCUUAUGCCAACGUUCCUCAGUGCGGCCUUGUAUGACGAGGACCCUAUAGUUAAGAUUGAAGUAGAUAAUUCAAGACAUAUUCUGUACACAUUAAGUGAAAAGGGAUGUAUAGAAGUAUUUGACUUGGGUGCUGAUGGAGAAGGCCUGAGCAGGGUUGUGAGACUCACACAGGGGAAAAUUGUUUCAUCAGCUUUUGAUAUUGUCAAAACACUGGAACCCAGCAACUUCAAGCCAGUUGUGUCAAUAUCAGCAGUUGAGCAAUCGGAAUCAGAUCACCUGAAUUUAGUGGCUUGUACUCAGACUGGAGCUCGACUGUAUUUCACUACUGGAAGUGCAGAUCUAAGUCAUGGUAACACGCAAAGGCCACUAUACUUGACAUUGCUGCAUGUACGUCUGCCGCCUGGAUUCACUCCUAACUCAUCAGUAUUGAAGCCCAAACAAGUACAUAGUGCAGUUUACGAAAAUGGUUCGUUAGUAAUGGUGUGCUCGGCGGGUGGGGGUGGCGAGGCGGAGACGCUGUGGUGCCUGUCGCGAGUGUUAGCAUCCUCGGCCACCUUCAGCGAGUCGCACACACUGCUGGCGCUGGACGGCCCGGCGUGGGCACUCACUGCGCUGCCUCAUCAUCACUCCAAGCAUCUGUCACCAGCUAUGCUUACUAAAAAAGAGGUGUGGAGCGUCUCACGCUGGGCUGUAGUGACGGGGGCAGGCGCUUGCAUAGUGGAAGCAGGAGCGGCUCCCGACCUACUGCGAGCUCUACUGCGCGACUGCAGAGGACCUGAAGCUCAUCCCGUUAAAGACUUCUUUCAUUUAUACAGUGUAGAGCAAGCGUGCGCAUGCGCGUUGUUCUUAGCGUGCGAAGACGUCACCAGUGGCGACCUCUCCAUCAGCGAGUGGGCCACGCGGGCCUUCUUCCUGUACGGCAGCCAGCUGGCACCGACACCUAUGUUCCAACAGCCUUCACAAAUGCCUUCUACUAUCAAUUCGCCCAAGUUCUCGCCGCGCCAAAUGUCAACGCCGAUGUCUAUGAGGGGACCCCAAGGUCAAAUACAACAGGGAAAACUGAACCAGUCGUACCAGGCAGGACCUAUGAACCAAUCCUUCCCUGGAUCACCGAAUCAGACCAUGAUGCCUCAAUCACCAUUCCAUCAGAGCAUGUUGAGUCCUGGGUUCAACCAGUCUUCCUUUGUGGGUAAUAUGAGUCAGCAGCAGAGAGACCCGAACUUCCCGAUGCAGAUAGAAUAUAGCGCGAAACAUAACGGUCUUUACAUCUACAUUGGCAGGAUCUUGGCCCCCAUUUGGGGCUUGAAAUGUGUGACCACUGAGAAGUCAGCUGAUCGUAAAGAAUUUAUGAGUAGCAAAGUGACCGGCGAAGAUUGUGCCUAUAUAGUUCAGAAGUUGCAGCGCGUUGCUGCGUUUAUGCAACGAACACUCGCGCCUCCGCAUUCCGAUGAGCACGCCUCUUUACAAGCUCUUAAAUUAUUUAUUACAAUGGCGAUAGAAAUGUUAAGUUUAUGGAAAGUGCUCUGUGAGCAUCAGUUCCACGUGAUUGCCGCUAGUCUUCCGCCUGAGCAACAGAACGCGUUACAGGCUGCUAGUUAUAGAGAAUUACUGGUAGGUGGACAAGAGGUAGCGUGCUUGCUGCUCGGGUCUCUAGUCGCUGGUUAUUUGAGAGACAACGCCUCCGUUGAUGGCAUUUCUCAAAAACUGAGACAACUGUGUCCUACGCUGUAUAGACAAGAAGACGCCACUUGUUCCAAGGCGAAUGAACUGCUAAUAUUUGCAAAACAUCAGAAGAAUCCAGCUGAAAGGGAAGAAAUGCUACAGCAUGCACUGAAAUUAUGCAAAGAUGUAGCACCAAACGUGAAUCUGCCAUUGGUCUGCUCAAAACUGGUGUCAGCCGGUUUUUACUCGGGCGUGGUAGAGUUGUGCGUCGCUUGUGCAUCGAAGCUGGACCCGCAGGACAAGGCCGUGCAUUAUUACAAGAGCGACCAGCCCUCGCAGGAUAGGGAGGGACACUUUAUUUAUUAUAGAAGAAUGGAGAUUUACCGCGAAGUAUGCUCAGCUCUAGAGCGCUUAUACGAGCGCAGUGCAGAGGCUUCAACAAGCGAACCUGCGCCUUUGCGCUCACAGCCGAACAACGAUAACAUACUCACCAUGUCUCCUGCUGACGCUAACUAUCAGGGAAGGAAAUUAGUUUGGGAGUGUCUUUCUCGAGAUGACGAACUUCUACACGUCGCAGUAUACGAGUGGCUGGUAUCGAAACAUCUAGGAUCAGAGCUGUUAUCCCUGGGUACGGCGCCACCCGCUUCGUUACGUACAUACUUACAAGCGGCCGCGCGGUCAGCGGCGCCGCCCGCCGCGUUACAUCUACUCGACUUGCUGUGGAAGGUGCUUGAGAAGAGCGGCGACCAUCUAGCGGCGGCGAAUGUUCUGGAAGGACUCGCUACUAGACCUGGUUCCGGCGCGACGCUGGCGGCGCGCAUGGCGUGGGUGUGCGCGGGCGUGGUGUGCGUGCGCGGCGCGGGCGCGGGCGGCGGCGAGCUGCUGCGGCGCCUGGAGGAGGCGGCCGAGGUGGCGCGCGUGCAGCAGCUCGUGCGCAGCGCCGCCGCCGCGCUGCCGCCGCCGCGCCAGCCGCCGCCCGCCGCCAUGCAGCGCCUCGACGACGAGCUGCUCGAGAUCACGCAGCUGUAUGAAGAGUAUGCGGACCGCUACAACCUGUGGGAGUGCAAGCUCGCAAUCGUGCAAUGUUCUGGCCACAACGAUGCUCUCUUAGUCGAGAACAUUUGGAGCAACAUCCUGGCCGAAGCUGAGGCAGCAGCCAGGAACCUGCCCACACCUGACGAGAGACUGGCCUCCGUACUCAGCAAGCUCACUUCUCUUGGCCGCGAAUACGUGAAUACGGGACAUUGUUUCCCAUUAUAUUUCAUUGUACGUCAACUGGAGAUCAUGAGCUGUAAGCUUCAAGCGGAUCGAGGGAUGGUGUUUAGAACAAUUUUAAAUAUUGGAGUGUCGUUGGAGCAAGUCCUCGACAUUUACAUCAAACUGGUGAGCGUGAACGAGCGCGUGUGGCUGGGCUGCGGCGACGAGUCGCACGUGUGCCGCGCCGCCGCGCUGCUGCUCGACAGCGCCCGCGCCGACCUCGCGCCGCUGCCGCCCGCGCUGCGCCGCCGAGCCCUCGCGAGAUGCAAGGACCUGCACGAGGCCGCACUGUCCGCACUACAGGCUCGACCGAACACUCAACGCCUUAUAGAUCGUCUCUCCGUGGCGCAGGCGCAUCUAGACCGUAUGGAUUGAAACUAGUUAUAAUUUAGCGUAAGUUUAUUAAGUUGGUAUUAAGUUUAUACACGUGCACUUAAUACAACGUCUUAUAGAAUAUCUGAUUAUUACUCGCUUCAUAUUGAUCAAUUUUAUGUUUUUGUUUAAACAUUAAUCGAAAUUGUUGAAUACAUCAAUUGUUUUUUGUGCUAAAUUAAAAGGAUUUCCAUAAAAAAAAAAAAACAAAAUAUAGAUUGACUGACAUAAAACUUUAUUUUAUAUUUCCAUAAUUUACUAAACAUACAAAAAGUCAUACAGUAAUUAUAAUUAAUUAUAUAAUUUGCUAAUAUAAUAAACUAUUGUCUGUUAACAUAAUCUUUGCAAUGGCAGUGACAUCAAACAUUCUCCUCAUCAAAUUAUGUCAAAUGUACAAAUAUGUUGAAUCAUGUGCAUAAUUAUAAAAAUAUAAGUGAUUAUGCAUCGAAAGGCACUAUGAAAAUGGUUUCUAUUUUUGUAAAUAAACGAUGAUGAUUUGAGAACGA